UGUACUUCCGGGAGUUGCCAGCUGUUUUGUUGCGUUCAAGGUUUUCGGUGUUGUUCUUCUAAUAUUCUAAAAACUGUGACGUUUAGUUAGAGUUUAUCGCUUUAAUAUCUUUAAUAGCUAAAUCUUAUCAAGUUUAUUAACACAGUUAUCGCGCAGCCGCUGUUUUUGACCCUCGACGUUUUAAAGGAAAGACAUUGCUCGGAUAGCUAAUGCGGCUAACAUCUGCUGACCAUUUAAAGUGAGGUGGGGAAUGGAGUUAGCAGCCUGCAGGAUGUCGAAAAUUGAGCGUUUGAACGAUCGUGUGGCCAAACUAUUGACUCAAGCAGUGCAGGAGGUUCUGGAGCUGGUGAAGGAGACUGUAUCAGAGUAUCAGCAAAAAACUGUCCGGACCCAGAGGGAAAAUGCAAGUCUGAAGAGACAACUGCAGGAGCUCCAGAGCGUGAUAUCCAAGGAAACCACAGCUCAUCUGUCCAUCGAUGAGCCAUCGCCAGAAAACAAAGUGGAAACAAAGCCUCACAGGCAGGAUUUGAGCCCAGUCCAAAGGAAUAUCACAGAAUCCGUCCUCGGCGAGCAGCAGCUUCCAAGUUUCCAUGAACCCGAUUGUGGCGUGAAUCAAAACGUCCAAAAACUGGAGAUUCUCAGCGAUCAUCAUUUCCAAGUUGAGCUUUGCAAAGCACAACAAGCAGUAGAAACUCAUUUAAGGGAGGCUUUAUCCUCUCCUGAUAGAUUACACAAGGAAGUUAGUACGAUUAUUUCCAAAAAUGCAUCCGACACGUACUCUAGCUCUUUGCUUGGGAUUCCUAUGGCUUCUAUCAAGACGGAAACGGAACAAACUGAUUGUACGUCAGAGCAAACAUCUACUCAUCAGUACAACGGAUGUGUGGAUUUGAGCUGCAACUCCUCUCGUCCUCUCAUCACCGCUGAGGCUUCAAGGUCACAAGAAAGCGCAGAAACUUACAGUUACGCGCUUGCCGAUUUAAAUCACGCGAAACAGGGUUGCGCCAAAUCCAUCAGAGCUGAAUUUGACAGGAGACAAAUCAGGCCGGAGCUCCUCAGAAGCAGCGACUUCCACCUGUGCCCCGUGUGCGGGAAGACGUUCAGCCGGAUCGGGAACUUGAGAAUCCACCAGCGCUGUCACACGGGGGAAAAGCCGUACCGCUGCGCGCAGUGUGGGAGGAGCUUCAGUCAGGCGGGAGACCUGAAAAAACACAAGCGGGUCCACACGGGCGAAAAGCCCUACUACUGCAACCAGUGCGGGAAAAGCUUCAGCCGCGGAGAAAACCUGAAGAGACACAAGAGGAUCCACAUUGGAGAGACUUUGAAGUUACAGCAGACGUGGAGGGAGCAGCAGAAGGGAUUUAAGUAAUUCCUUUAACUAUGGACCACGUUUAGCGAGUCUCUAUAACUUUAGAUUAUAAAGGUUACAUUGAAGACGGAUAUAUUAGAGCAAUAAGGCAAAGUUACAGAGACUUUUGAUGCAUUUUUAUGAAGCUAUAACUGCUUGACAUGAACCGAUUAUCAAAUCCUUGUUAUGUUAUUGGUUCUUAAAACAUAUAUAACACAAACAUUAUUGAAACACAU